ACCGGAAGAGCAACUGGUGCUUGUUGUAGGCUAAUGGACGAGGAAGCGACAUUUGUUCAGGUUUCGUCUCUCACUCGCAGACGCCGCGUCUCUGUUCCGUCGCGUGACUUCUCGCCGAACCCUCGCGAUGCCUCUGUUCGCCCAGAACCCGUUCGACCAGGAUGUCGAGAAGUCGACCAAUGAAACCAACACCGCCGACGACUGGAGCCUCAUCAUGGAGGUCUGUGACAAGAUCGGGACCACGGCCAACGGGUCUAAGGACAGUCUGAGGAGCAUCAUGAAGCGAGUGAACCAUAGAGUCCCCCACGUGGCCAUGCAGGCCCUGAACCUGCUGGGUGCUUGUGUGUCCAACUGUGGUAAAGCGUUCCACCUGGAGAUCUGCUCCCGGGAGUUCAUCGGGGAGGUGCGCAGCGUUGUGAGCAGAGCCCACCCCAAGGUGAGUGAGAAGCUGAAGGCCCUGAUGGUGCAGUGGGCAGAGAGCUUCCAGAAGGACCCCCAGCUGAGCCUCGUCGGGGCCACCAUCAAGUCUCUGAGGGAGGAGGGCGUCGGCUUCCCCCCCGCCGCCACCCAGGGCUCCAGCCUGAAGGCGGUCAGCUCAGCAGCUGUUGGUAAAGAAGCUGAUGAAGACGACCUGGCCAAAGCCAUCGAGCUGUCCUUGCAGGAGCAGAAGCAGCAGGUGGAGACCCGCCCCCUGACCUCUGACCCCCCGCUCCAGACCAAUGGCAGCGGGGGUCAGGAGGCGCGGAAGGUCCGGGCGCUGUACGACUUCGAGGCCGCGGAAGACAACGAGCUGACCUUCAAGGCCGGAGAGCUGGUUCUGGUUCUGGACCACAGCGAUUCAAACUGGUGGAAAGGAGAGAACCACCGAGGAGUCGGGCUGUUCCCUUCCAACUUCGUCACCAGCAACCUGAACGCUGAGCCGGAGCCGGAGGCGCUGGUGGAGAAGGUUCCGGGUCCAGCGGAGGCCCCCCAGGAGGCCCCGGCUGAGCCCGAGCCCGUCUGCAUCGACGAGGACAACAUGGACCGGACCCUGGCCCUGCUGCAGAACGCCGACCCCGCAAACCCGGCUCCGGACCCUCAGGAGCUGAUCCAGCUGGAGGGUGCCUGUGAGCAGAUGAACCCCAUGAUCGACGAGCGGCUGCAGGAGAUCGACAGGAAGCACUCUGAGCUGUCUGAGCUGAACCUGAAGGUGCUGGAGGCUCUGGAGCUCUACAACCAGCUGGUGAACGAGGCGCCCUUCUACUCCACCUACUCCAAGACGCAGUUCAGCCAGCAGGGCUACCUGGGCCCCUCCGGCGCCCCCUACCUGCCUCAGGGGCCUCCUGCUCAGCCCUACUCUCUGCCCGGCGACCAGCCCGGCCCGCUGCACUCGCUGCCCCCCAACGCCGCCCAGCCCUACAUGAGCUCCUCCAUGGCCCCUCAGUACCUGAACCCGGCGGUCGGCGCUCCUAACCAGCAGCCGGUGGACAUGCCGGCCUAUCACAGCGCCGCCAUGCCGCUGGGCCCCUACCCAGGCCCCGCCCCCCCUCACCAGGCUCCUCCCCCUCAGCAGCAGGCAUACUACCAGCAGCCUCUGCUGUAGUGUGUGUGUGCGUGUGCGUGUGCGUGUGCGUGUGUGUGCGUGUGCGUGUGUGCGUGUGUGUGCGUGUGCGUGUGCGCGUGCGUGUGCGCGUGCGCGUGCGCGUGCGCUCGUUUGUUCGUUUGUUCAUUCGUUCGUUCGUUCAGCCUGAAGCCAAAAAACAAACAGAACACUGCGUCUGGAGUCUCCUCUUGUCUGUCACUACUUUGUUUCCCAGCUGUCUUUGAACGCACCGCCGGUCUUCAUAGAGGAGGAGGAGUUGUGGUGUUUCAGCCUCAAUCAGGACCAUGUCAUCUGUUUGUACUUCCAUGAGUUGGAGGAGAACCUGAGGCUCGAGCUGCUCCUUGUGGACGCGUGAGCAGGUCUGUGUUGUUGAGCGUCACUCGUUCAUGUCAUUGUUUAUCUGGUGACGUCAUCUUUAUGAUCACUUAUAUUUACUGCUGCGCUCGUCUUUUCUUAUCCGGCUUUUUAUUUUUAUUUCCCAGACAAAAACAUUUAAAAGUUGAUGAACUUUAUUUUGUAAAGCCGAACGUGUCUCCGGGCUUUUAUUGUGAAGGGUUGUAAGUUCCUCCUCCUGAGGUUGUCUAUGUACCGGCUGCACCUUAGUAACAUGCACCACAAGGCCUUGUUCUCCUUCAGGUGGAUGUAUAAUCUGUAUAUUUAAAGAUGAGUUUAAUAAAGAGGAAGAGGAGGAAGAGGAGGAGCUUUUUAACGGACUGUCGAUACUGUUUAAUAAAGAGAUGUGACUGUG